UUACCUUUUUUAAAAGAAUCAAAGCAAGUUUGUUAAAUGUUGUAAAGUCAUACUGUAAUUAAAUUAAUAAAAAAUAGACCAACUACUGUAAGUAAACUAACAUGACAGUGUGCUGAAGGGGAUCAAAGGGAGGAACUGUUCUUCUUUUGGUACAAGGUGUUGGGAUGUAGUGUUUUGUGUUGCAGAACACAUUUGCUUUCAAAAACUUUAAAACUUACUGCUUCAGUUAGGAGUUAAAUAUCUUUCUUUUCAUCCAAGCUUCGUACUGUAUGAAGCAACAGCCCCAAAACAAAUCAUUUCCAAAAACUACUUCCACAUGUUUGAUGUUUGUCAUUAUGUACACCUCUGUUUGCAUAUUGAGGCCUUCAACUUAUUGUUGUAAACGUUUUAGUUUAUCUGCAGUGUUUUGUUACAACAAUAGAGUACAUAGCUCAGAAAUGAACUAAUUAUGCACUUCGUUUUCUGAAAAACACAAACAUGUGACUAUCUGUUACAUGUUUAAAAACACACACAAUUUAUAGGAUUUGUUUUGUAAUUGCUACAAGAAAAUGACCUGUGUUGGUAUGGCUGAAAGUGAGGAUCCUCGUGUCUUUCUGGCAGGUUAUUUUGUGUCAGUGUAAGGGACAGUUCCCUUCUAAAGAGGGCAAUGCAUAGUCCUUGGUCUCUUAAAGAUGUAGUCUUGAAAACAAGUUAGUAUAUUAAAUACAAUUUUGUAAAUAGCUACAAGCUAUUUUGUGAAUGAAAAACUUGUUUAUUUGGCACAUCAUACUUAUGCCUAAACGAAUUAAAUAAAUAAAUUCCAAUUUAUCUUAUUGUAUAUACAUUAUAUGUAACACAGUAAAUGGUAUUACUUCUACCCUUAGAAUGCAAAACAAUUGCAUUAUUUUCAUACAAUCAAUUUACUAUGCUCAAGUUUUAUUAAACUUAGUAAACUGUGGUGAAGUGUUAGCAUCACCUCAAGCCUUGCAUUAGAUUCAUACAAACUCAAAACUGGUUUAGAUCACAGGAAGAAGCACAGGAAGGUGUACCAAGUUUAAAGGUAUUUAAAGGUUUAAAUACCACAGAAUACCAGAGUUCUUUGUCAAACAGACCACAAAACUACUACAUAUUCUCUACACAUGUGUACAGUAUCUGCACACACCUAAAAAGCAAACAAACUUGAAUUAUUUAGGUGCUGGUGACCUACAAUUAGGAACUACUGUGGUGAGAUUAGUGCAUGGUAUAAAAAUUCGAUUUUACAUGCCAACCCACCACCUAUUCUUAAAUAAAGGAAACAAUAUAACUUAAACUUUCCAAGGCUCCCUUAAACUCUGUCCCCAAUGUCAUUCACAAGUGAUUUUUUGUCUUUUCUAUUUGUAUUCUAUAAUAACAAUGUACACAAUUUUAACAAUUAUGUUAUCGUGUAACUUAACUGGAAUAUUUACAAUAUAACCACUCCUGUUUUUCCAAAUGGAUUUUCAUCCAAUAAACAAGGGGUUUAUAAGAAUAAAAAUGUAUGUAUAAAAAAGUACCAUAAACCUUUCAAACUCCCGAAGAAAAUAUUGUAGCACUAGCAAAAAGCCAUGCAAAACUGAAAAGUAGAACACGAUUCUAAGUGCAGGUCUGCAAACUCACUAGAUGAUGGUUUGUAUUUAAUGACAAAAAUUGCCAUGUACUGUAUAGUAAAAAACAUAGCUCGACAUUCAAAGCUUCAGGAAGGUCCAGUGUGCAGCACGAUGUACUGUAAUCUUGUAAGUGUCUCUUAAAUGUUGUGAACUCUUGUUGUAGUCUUUGUGUAGUGAGUUAUCAAUCAGCUAUAAACAAAGUGCUGCACAUACAGUAGCAGUGUUCAUCCUGCAGUGUACAAUAUCCUUUGUCCUUUGUCCUUACCACAGGAGGUACAGUAUACACCUCUCCAAAGACAUGAAUUGAUGGAAUAAACAAGAUGUUAUAACAGGUACAUUGAAAUGUUCAAGGCAUUAUGGUUACCCAAUUACAAUAUGGUAAGGAACAAAAAGCAAGCCUACAUGGUCCAGCAGGUCUGACCUUUGGCUUAAAUACACAACCAGGUUAGAGUUUAAAACCAAUAUAUCCAUGUACUCUACCACCUACAGACAUUUUUUAUUUCUUAGUUUUUAAUAUGGCUAGGAGUUGAUUAGGGAUUAAAAUUAUCCUUUAAUAAAAUAUCUUCCCCUACUCCUUCCUGGCAAAAAAUAAAAAAUUCAGAAUCAUUCAGGAGAAAAAGUUUUAUUACCCGUAAGCCUCGUUCCUACUAUUGCAGAGAGAAUCUCUGCAUUUAUAGUCUUUAAUUUUGUGCUUGAUUGUAACUUCUCUUUUUCUAAAAGAUUACCAUUUUCUCCAUUAUCUCAUGUAUUAAAUGUAUACCUUAAGCUAUUCUAAAGUAACAUUGUUAGACAUGUUAACAUAUUUAUAAGUAGGCUUUGCAUUUAUUUUUCUUUAUUUUUUAAUAAUGUAAACUUAGCUUUUUGAUAUAUUUUUGUUCCUUUGUUGUUUAUCAACCAAAAUGUGAAUUCAAUUUAAAGUGGAUGUUUCCGAAGGAUGAAAAAUCACUUUCUUUUGUUUGCACAAAUCGGCACACUAAUAAAUACAUAAAAAUAAAAAAAUGAACAAAAGUAACUGAAUUAGGCAUCUGCUUAAGUACAGUAUUUACACAUUUCUUAUGACUCUUAACAGUUAAACAGGGAUUAGGUUUCUCCCUGGCUUCAUUCAACUUUAACAAAUUUCAGAGGGAACAAGAAGGCAUCAAUUAAGUCAAUAACCAAGCAUACUCUGUCCACCUGGAAACAUGCAUGUUAAAAACCAUCUUAUUACAGGUUCAUCCCCAUGGAAGAAUAUACAGUAUACAGUGCAGGAGUACACCACACACAAGGGCAGAAUUCUGCAGCAAUGUUUGCUGCAUGCAGAUCCCAAUAUCUGAAUCUCUGUGAUAUGUUUCCCUGCAGUUUUAGUCAUUUCACUUCAGAUACAUCUUAAAUCUCAAAGGCGUAUUUAAAUCUUUCCUCAGUUGUGACAUAUUUGUAAUUAAGAAAUUUCAAAAUGUCUCAGCUUUCAAAAAAGUGAAGAACGACAGGGCCAAGGUCUUUACUUAAACGCCAGAUUGAUUCCUUAAGAUUUUAUUAUAAACUUAAAAGUUCAUAUUGCUCAAUAAAGGACGAUUCUGACACUUUCAAUGUACUUCAUUACCUAAAACCCAAUUUCUCCUCUUACAACAAACUGUCAAUUGAAUUUAGAAUAAUUCAGAUUUCUCUGAGGAACUAUCAUAUUCAAACUCAAUCAUUUCAUAUUGCAACCAGCCCGUUUGCGUGGACAUCAUCAGUCGUUUUGAAUGAGUAACCUGCCUGAACCCUGGAGCCACAAAUGCAGUUCACGUUAUUAAACACAAAAUAAUAUUUAACUUCAUAUUUUCUGUUCAAAGCUACAGUAUAUAAAAUAGACAGGCCUAAAUAACCUUAUAUAAAUAAGCCAAAUUGUAUGAAAACAACACCCCCACUUACAAUACUGCAGCAUUUUAGAAUUUGAAGCUGCAGCUUUAUAGAACAUCAGCCCUCAAAUAUACAGUACACAGUACACAAUUACAAAUCAAUUGCAAGAUCCAUACAUAAGUCCGGGGUUCCAUAGCUAAGAGAUCACAAUCAACUGUAUCAAGUAACUGAUUUUCGAAAAUGUUUGCUACAAAGAACAAUAAAGUUAAUGUUUUUAUUUAUUAAAUUGUUUAUCACUCAAUUGGCACAGCAAGAAGUUUAGACUAACAGUUGCUUAUGAAUGGAUACCAGCUUUCCUGAUAUGGCAGGUUGCAAAUCUAGCCAUCACAUUGCCCAAACAUACCAUCUGUUACACUACAGGCCAGUGAAGCAAAACAUAUCUAAUAAAUGAUUUAGAAAGUAGGGACUUGCUCCAACCAAAGAAAAAAAACCCCAACAUCAGUAUUCCAAAAUUAAAAAAGGCCACACUCCCCAGAUCUAUCCUCCAUAAAAGCUUGUAGUAAAAAUAUCUAAUUUCUCUAAACCACAGUGCUAACCAAUCCACCUAAUUUUAAUUCAUAUGACAGUUCAAUGAAAAAAUGUUUCGGUAGUGUGUUCACCCUGGUAUAUAAAUUCAGAAUAUACACAGAAAAUAUGUAUAUAUUAUAUUGGCUAUAUAUUAUUUAUGUUAACAUCUGUUAUAACCAUGUACAGUUUGAUAAACAGGUAAUGGUAGAUGAUUAAACUGUUCUCCUGGUGAAAAAUAAAGGUAACGUACAGCAUAAAAUGAUGGAAGUCGUAAUCUUAUUUAACUUCCUGGAAAUAUAUGUCAGAGAGGUAGGAUUUUAGCAUUAAAUGAGUUAGAUCUAUUUUACUCCCUGUCAGAAAGUAUCCGUCUUAAAAAAAUGAAAAGUAUAUGCCAAAAUACAUUUUAAAUACAGAUCACAGGAGCUAUUCUCAUUUUACCUAAAUGCUGAUUUUACCUAAAUUAAAACAGGCAUUUAAUCAGUAGAAAAGAGAUUUGUAUGUGUUUUUUAUGACAUCAGAACUGUAGUUACAUCCUUUACAACAGCUGGCAUUUUUUUCAGUUCAGCAAUAGCUACUAUUGCACUAUGACCUCCCUGGUUUGCUAAGAUUUACUUCAACACUACUGAGUGAUGAUCUCCUGGAGGAAUGAGAUCAAGUUGUAAAGUUCAGUAGGGAUACUGGGGUCUCCACAGUGGCCACAAUGGGAGGAGUAAGAUAAUAAACCAAGUUCCAGCCCCCAAAACUAAACAGAUAUAUAAGGGAGAGUGGCAAGGCUAAAUACAGCAUUUCUAACCUCAUCUACUCAACAGGACUGAAACAGAGCAAACCUUUGAACCUGUGUUGGAGUAUUAGGAAACAUUAUUUAGAAGAAACCAAAGCACAUGGGCUUAUUACAGCAAUACCUUGUCAUCGUCUAGAUUUACAGUACCAGCGAUGAACAGUUUGAAUGGAUUUUAUUUCAGAUUUAGAGGUAUGUCCAUUAAUCAAAUGUUGGGCAAAAAUGAAGCACACUAAAACCUUGCUGUCAGACGGAAGAGGUGCUUUAACAUUUUACAUCUCAUAAAUAGUAUGUGAAUGGAAAAACCCUUUAAAAAGACACUUUAACUGGGCACCUGUGAAAGAAGAUUUAACUUUUUUCCACCACACAGAGCAGCAUCAACGUUAAAAAAAAAUCAGAAGGAGUUGUGGAUAAUUCAUCAUGGCACAGAGCAACACAGACUUUAGAGUAAAAGAAGGCACUGCAAAAGACUGGAGUGGACAGGUCCAGCCAGCUCUGGUCGCCUCCUUCAUUUUUCUGUUCUGUUUGGAAGCCUGCCUGUGGGUGAGGAACCUGAGACAAAAGAGACGUGGACCCUUUGCCUGGCCAAUUGUGGGCAACGUUAUGCAGCUAGGACAAAUGCCUCACCUCACCUUUUCCAAACUGGCCAAAAAAUAUGGCAACGUCUUUCAGAUCAGGCUGGGCCGCAAUGACAUUGUGGUCCUCAACGGCGAUACUGCAAUCCGGCAAGCUCUGAUUAUUGUGGGCAGAGAGAGACUGCCAAACAUCGGGGACAAGAGCAGCCUAGCCUACCUGGAGGCCUUCAUCUACGAGACCAUGCGCUUCACCAGCUUCGUUCCUUUGACAAUCCCCCACUCCACCACUGCAGAUGUCACAAUUGACGACCUCCACAUCCCCAAGGACACUGUGGUGUUUGUGAACCAGUGGUCUGUGAAUCACGACGAACAGAAGUGGAAGGAUCCUCACGUCUUCAACCCAUCCCGUUUCCUGGACGAGAACGGAGCUGUCGACAGGGACCUGACCACCAGCGUGAUGAUCUUCUCCAUUGGGAAGAGGAGAUGCAUCGGUGACCAAAUCGCAAAAGUGCAGAUUUUUCUGUUCACAGCCAUCCUCCUUCACCAGUGCACCUUCGAGAGCAACCCUUCACAGGCAGUCACCAUGGAUUGUUCUUACGGCUUAACAAUGAAGCCUCUCCACUUUACUUUAUCUGCCAAAUGCAGGGGGAAAUGUUUAAGUUUAGACACUCAAGCAUGAGGAAUUUAGUACUUGUCAACACUGGUCCUUGGGAUCUAUGUUUGAAUCAGACUUGAGGAAGCCAAUAACAUUCAAGUGAGUAUUGCAAUUGUUAAAAGAUUCAGAAAUAUUUAUGAAAUAUAAAAUAUGUCUUGUUUAGUGUGUCCUGAAAAAUAACAGUGACCAGUAAGAUUACAUCAAAGAUGUUGGCAUUUUUAAACCCAUAAAAUAGAUAAUGCCAUAAAAUGUUUGAAUUUUUUCAGUAUUCUUCAUAUUUUGUUGGAAGAAGAAAAGCCUAACUUAGAUAUGAAGUAUAAACGAACUACACUGUCAGAAUUAAUUCAAAUCAAUAUUUGCUUUUUUACCAUUCUUUAGCAAUUACAAAUAACAUUCAUAUAUUACUGUUUGUAUACCUUUGGAUAAAAAAAGAGGUUAAGCACUCUUUUUGCAAAAAAAAAUCCCUUUAUUAUGUUAGCCAGCAAUUCAUGAGCAAUGUUAAUGGUGAUGAAAAAGAAAAGAUCUCAGAUCUCUUUGUGGACUAUGGUAAUUAUGCUGUAAAAGAAAUGUGGUUGAUGAAAAAGUAAAGCUUGUUGUGGUUUAUUCAGACCACAAUUUUAAAAAGACAUUGAAAGGGCACAAUAGAAGUAUAUUAUUUGGCUACUCAAAGCUAGCAUCUACAUAGGCACUGUUAAGAAGUGCAACGUUUUGGCCGUGGAGCCUUCUUCAGGUGUGAGAACACCUGAAGAAGGCUCCAUGGCCGAAACUGUGUUUUCU